AUGUUUCCCCGAACCCUAGCCAGAGUCCCGAUUCGAGUCACCUAUCCUUUGGGUGUACGCGGUCUCACCACCAAAUUUGAUACGAAGAAGUUCGUCCUGCAAAUGGAGGCGCUGGGGUUCAGCCAGCCGCAAGCGGAGACGGCGGUGCAAGUGGUGAGCCGAGCCAUCAACGACGGCAUCCUGCUGAUCACCCGCAACUUGGUGACGAAGGAAACGAUGCUGCUGACGGCGUAUCAGCAGAAGGUGGACUUUGCUAAGCUCAAGGGGGAGCUUCAAACGAUGGAUAAGGGCGAAUACACUCUGUUGCUCAAGGAGCAAGAGCGGUUGCGGACUGACUUGACCAAUUUGAAAAAUCGGUUAAAGGAAGAGAUCACCAAGCAACAGGCCGGGGUGAGACUCGAUUUGAAUUUGGAGAAGGGGAGAAUUAGGGAAGAGUCAUCAAUUCAUGAAGCUAAGAUCGAAGAUACCACCACGCGUAUUGACGAGGAAAUCGCUAAUUUGCAAAUGCAGAUUAAACUGGUGAAGACUCAAGUGAUGCAGUGGUUGAUUGGUGUGACUUCGGGUACGUUUGCCUUGCUUUUAGCAUUUAUUCGGUUCUUCGGUUGA